UGUGCAACCAGCGACUGCAAUGUGCGAAACCGAGUUGGCAAAUACUGUUUUUUAUCAGUAUUUACGAGAUAAAUUCUAAUCAGUUAUUCUAAUUUACUUUUCCACAUUACCCGCCGUAUUUAAACUUCGUCAGGUUCAUAGUAUUUGUGCGGUAAAGAGGGAACCUUAUUAGGUUAUAGGCCGCAAGUGUCGAUUUCAAAAUGACUUUUCCUGAUGGGAACGGGUCUGCAAAUUACGAGGGUUCACGGGGAAUUGAUCACAAUAGGUGUACCGUGAAACAAGCUUACGAAGAUGGUGGAAUCAAGGCGGGCGCUUCCCGCCUGGCCGGGAUCACGUACCGCAUGCUGUCCCGGCGCAAGGCAGCCGAAGAAGGAGUGGCCAGGCUAGCCCGGGUACUCUCAGCUUUGGAUCUAACCGCGUUAGGGGUGGGCAGUACCCUGGGUGUGGGUGUUUAUGUGCUGGCCGGAGACGUGGCGAAAAACUACGCGGGGCCGGCCGUGAUAUUGUCGUUUUUGCUGGCGGCAGUGGCCAGUGUUUUUGCUGGGCUCUGUUACGCGGAGUUCGGCGCACGAGUGCCCAAAGCGGGCUCCGCUUAUGUCUACAGCUACGUGUGUGUUGGCGAGUUCAUAGCCUUCAUCAUCGGAUGGAACCUCAUUCUCGAAUAUAAUAUAGGUGCAGCAUCAGUGGUGAAAGCGCUCAGCGAGUACUUAGACUCGCUGCUGGACAAGGCCAUAUCCUCGCACCUUCACGCCGCCAUGCCACUGGACACGCCGCACCUGGCUCGGUAUCCAGACCUGCUGGCUUUCAGCGUCAUCAUGGUGUUCUCAGUGGCUCUCGCGUUCGGUGUGAAAGAAUCGACAAAAUUCAACAACUUCUGCACCGGGGUUAACCUGUGCGUCGUUAUCUUUGUCAUCAUAUCUGGGUCUUUCAAAGCUGAUACCAAGAACUGGCGUAUCCCCGAGUCUGAGGUUCCGAAGACAGCGCACAAAGACUUCGGCAGCGGCGGCUUCGCGCCCUACGGGCUCGCCGGCAUCAUCAAGGGCGCCGCCGUCUGCUUCUACGGUUUUAUCGGUUUCGACUGCGUAGCCACGGCCGGCGAAGAAGCCCGUCGUCCUCAGAAGACCAUCCCCUUCGCUGUAGUAGCUUCUCUGUUGGUGGUGUUCCUGGCCUACUGCGGGGUUUCCUGCGUUCUGACGCUGGUCCUGCCGUAUUAUAUGCAGGACGAGAAGGCGCCGUUCCCGUUCGUGUUCGACCAGCUGGGCUGGCCGUGGGCCAAGUACGCCGUCAGCGUCGGCGCCAUCUGUGCGCUGCUCUCCAGUUUACUGGGCGCGGUGUUUCCGCUCCCGCGCAUCAUCUACGCGAUGGCCAACGACGGUCUUCUCUUCCAAUUUCUGGGCCGCGUCAGCCCGCGCUUCCAGACGCCGCUCGUGGGCACCAUGAUGGCCGGCCUCUUCACAGGGACCCUGGCCAUGAUCUUCGAGCUGGAGCAGCUGAUCCACAUGAUGUCCAUCGGCACGCUGCUCGCCUACUCCAUGGUCGCUUCUUGCGUGCUGCUGCUUCGCUACGAGUGCAGCCCGGCGACGCAGCGCGGGCCGGAGCCUCUUCGCCUGACGCCCCGCGGCGUGUUACGACAGCUGUUCAACAGCGAGCGGCUUCCCCUGCCCUCACGGCUCAGCGCCGGCCUCGUGUCUACCCUCGUCACGCUCUACGGCGUGUGGUGCUUCGUGAUGAUGUCGAGCGUGAACCAGCACGGCGCGGCCAUCUUGGCAGGCCAUGCCGCGCCCGUCGCCAUGUUUGCCGUGGGAACCAUACUCGUGCUCGUCACGCUCUAUGCCAUCUCGUGCCAGCCCGUGUCUGAGAAGAAGCUGGCCUUCUCCGUGCCACUAGUGCCGUGGCUGCCGGGACUGAGCAUACUCAUCAACGUGUACCUGAUGCUCAACCUCGACUACAUGACCUGGAUCCGCUUCGCCGUCUGGAUCGCCGCUGGUCUGAUAAUCUACGUGUCAUACGGCGCCUGGCACAGUGCGGAGCGGCGCCGCGCCGUCGACGUGCCCAUGGCCGAGCUUCACAGCGACAGCCAUACGGCGCUGCUUGAGCAUGCUGCGCUUGCGCACACGGCGCACGCGCUCGGCUGACCGUCGGCCGUCGACCCCGCCGUCGUCAGCCCCAGCGGUACUGUCGUGUCUUUUAUAUCAAGUAUUUGAAACCUCGCAUUCACUAUGAUCCGUUCGCAGAGAGUUGAUAAAAAAAAAUAUCAGAGGUUCUAAACUCAUUAUAAAUUGCGGUCCGCUAAUUAUUUUUGUCGAUAUAAUGAAUAAGUUGGUAGAUUAUUUGGCCUGGCCUUUUUUUUUGGCCUGGAUUCUCGGCUCGGUUACAAUUUAAUUUUGGACUACCAUUUAUAAGAAUGUUCUAAAAAUACCAAUUAUCUACCAAAAUCUACUAAACGAUUUCGCACUACUAAAUCAUCUUUCUCUUUGCCUCAAAUCUACCAAAAAAGUAGAAAUCUACUAAAAGUGGUCACGCUGUGGCCGCCGCCGCCCGCCGGCCGGGGCGCUUGACGACAGCUGCGUGGCUCGUACCAUGGUACUCAGUGCGCGUUGUGACAAACGACGCCCGCCAUACAGAACGCGAUAAUUAAGCGACAGUCGUCAUUGCAAGACAUUUCAUAAUAUUUAUCAACUCUCGGCGAACAGACUUUAGAAUAGUUAGUUUAAAUUUUGUAUUGUAGUCUGACGUUUUGAUAGGAUUGCACCGACCGUAGUCAAAGAUUUGAACAGCGAGGAUGAUAGCGAUUGUUGUGAGAGGUAUGAAUGUUUUGCGACAAUGAUCGAAGAACGAUUGCGCCCAAAUUAAAUCAGAGGGCCUAGUGUGAGUUUUCAUCAAACGCGCUCACUAGUGAGCGCGUCAAAAAAUGACAUUAAAUGUAUGACGGAUUGUACAGCGCCCCUAGCGGGAAACGUUCAAAAACUAAAAUUUUCAUACAUUUUUUAAUCACUAGUGAGCGCGUUUGAUGUAAACUCACACUCAGCCCACAGGGCUUACAUUUUUGAGUUUAAUAAAAAACUCAUGCCGGCGUAUAGCUCGUCCACUAAUCAUCGGCCUGGGCUGGCCUUAGGCUAACAUGCAGACACGAUACCCCCCUCGCUUGACUAACAUAACGCAUACUACGUGUCAGUCAGCAGUAACUGCGAUCUGGUGUAUUUCUCGGCUGACAUGCAGCCCGCAAAGACUCAAAUUCUUCAGUCGCUAAACGCAUCGCGCGUGCUUUGUUUCGGAAGCGUAUGCUAACAACAUUUUCCGUGGCAUGGAAAUUGAGCGGUAAUAAUGAUACGCUUCUAUAGCACACGUGCUCUUACGCUCCACGCCUCCAUAUACACAUGUGACUUGUGUUGUGACGUUUAUGUAUUUCAAUCAUUGGAAUCCAAAACACGUUUUCGUAUACGUGGUAAACAACAUGAUUGGAUCACACGUACCGAUACUUUUUCAUGUGUUUUCACGUUGCUGUGCACUGGGGCUGAAGGAUCAGGGCAGAUAUAGAAGAAUCUCUAAAAUUUUUGCUACCACCAAAGUAUUUAGGGACACUUAUAUGUUGUAGUAUUAUACUAGGUUUAAGUACUUAAGUUGUGCAGUAUUUAAAAUAUGACCCUUGGCUGUGAGAUCCUACUUACAGAAGACCAAUAAUUUGGGCAAUCCAUGUACUUAUUUAAGGUCUCGUAAUGUUAUUAAGGCCUACAGAUUUUCUGCCACUCAAAUAUGUACCAUGUACAUAUGUCUGAAAGUGCGAUAGGUCAAUGCUCAAAAGUGGCAUUGAGUUAUUGCCGAUUUUCCAUACAAACUAAAUAUGAAGGUUGUUUUGAUUCGUUUAUAUUAUUGUCAAUGGUUUGUGUAAGAAUGCGUAAAUAUUAAAUAGUUUGUUAGCUUCUGCUUAGCAAAAUUGGUAAAACUAUUGUAUUUAUUGUCACUGCCCAUGAAGCUAUAUCGUAGUUAGAUAAAAUUUGUGUUGAUGUGAGGCUGUCAGCAAGAAUGCUGUCAAGUAUUUUUUGAUCUUGGUUGUCAUUGACAGGUAAUGUAUUUUAAUAUGGAAUAUAAAAUUAAUUUAUUGUAUUUGAUUACGUAAUUUAUUUAUAAACUAAUUAAUUUUUGGCAUUUAGGUAUGUCAUAUUGGAAUAUCAUUUAUGAUCCUGUACUUAUCAUUAAUGCAUUUAAUGCAAGUAUAACAAUUUAUUUACUUUUUAUCUAUUUUCAUUUUUAUGUGAUUCAUGUGUAGUGAGAAUUAUUAUGGCUUAAUAAAAUGUUGGUAA